UAUGCCGAGGAUUGAAUGCACUCUGGGGAGGGAUCUUCACGCUCAGCCCCGCAUUUCCCCCAGCUUUUGGCCCGGAUAUUAACCCAAGAAGGCUUACUGUGCUUAACUAACCAUGUGAUGAGUUUCCUUCAGUGGGGACCUUUCAUAUAUCUCCCGGUACUGGAGUUUCUGAGUUGAUGACGGUAGCAAGGAGUGUUGAAUCGAGCAACGCCCGCCAUGGCUGGCAGUACAGAGAAGCAUGUCGAUCGCAGAGCGCUCGAGGACACAACGGUGGUCAGCAACAAGCAAGGACCGUGGUGGAGGGACACUGGUCUGCGCAAGCUGAACUUGAUGCUGUUUUUCCUCAUGUUCAGCGAGUUCACUCAAGGCUACGAUGCGUCUUUGAUCAACAACGUACAGGAGUUGACUGUCUGGCAGGAAGACUUUCACCACCCCCAUGGCAGUCUUCUAGGUGCUAUGAGUGCGAUGUACUGGAUAGGAAACAUUGUCGGUGUCGUGUUCAUCUCCUUCAUUUCCGACAGGUUCGGUCGCAGAUACAGCUUGUUCUUUGGUGCAAUCUUAUGCCUAGCUGGUACUGGCAUGGCCACAGGGGCCUCAAGCUCUGGCCUCUUCAUCGCAGCUCGUUUGCUGCUAGGCAUGGGAGGCGUGGUUGUCGCAGCGAUCGGACCCGUCUGGAUGGGUGAGUUGGCCUAUCCUGACCAUCGAGCAACAGCAACCUCCAUGUCGAACACUACGUAUAGCGGCGGAGCAAUUAUUGCAGCCUGGAUUACAUUUGGAUCUUUCCGACUUUCAAAUGCAUGGGCAUGGCGCAUUCCAACCGUCUUCCAAGCACUUCCUUCCUUGAUCCAACUAGUUGGAGCUUUCGUCCUCCCAGAAUCUCCUCGCUGGCUCAUCAGCCGAGGCCGCGACCAAGCCGCCCUAGCCAUCCUAGCCAAAUACCACGGCAACGGCGACGCCAACGACACCGUCGUGCAAUACGAAUUCCAAGAGAUGAAAGAAACCAUCGAGCUUGAAAUCGCCGCCAACAAGACCUCCUGGAUGGAACUCAUCAACACCCGAGGCAACCGAUGGCGCUCCUUCAUCCUGAUCUGGUGUGGAAUCUGCAAACAAUGGUCCGGCAACGGCCUAAUAAGCUACUACCUCAGCAGCAUGCUCAAAUCGGCCGGGAUCACCCGUGAAGUCGACACCACCCUCAUCACCGCCACCAGCCAAAUGUUCAGUUUCGCCUGCGCCCUCGCCUUCGCCUUUCUCCCUGGUCGCGUCGGUCGUCGACCCCUCCUCCUCUGGUCCAUGGGCCUCAUCUGGCUCGUCUUCGCCCUCAUCACAGCCUGCACCGGCGUGUUCGUCGAAACAGGUAGUCGGUCUGCAUCGUACGCUACCGUCGCCUUCAUCUAUAUCUACAACGGAGUACAUAACCUUGGCUGGACGGGUGCGAUGAUGCUAUAUGUGGUCGAAAUCCUCCCCUACUCCCUACGCGCCAAAGGCAUCGCACUCUUCUGGCUCGUCACCGGCGCCACAGGGGCAUUUAACACCUACGUGAAUCCCCUCGGAAUCGAUGCCUUUGCAUGGAAAUACUAUUUCUUCUACGUGGGGUGGAUUGUCGUUGAGUUUGUGGUGGUGUAUUUCUUCUUUAUUGAGACCAAAGGACCGAGUUUGGAGCAAGUUGCGCUGUUGUUUGAUGGGAAGGAUGCGGUGGUGAGUCAUGCGAAUCCGGUCGCGGAGGAGUUUUUGGAUGAUCGGUUCAAGGAGAAGGAGAUGGAGGGGGGUGAGGUGAGGGAAAUUGAGGUGGCGAGGUAAUUGCCUAAGGCAUAUUGUCAUGGUUGGAUGGUUGGGCAUGAAUACAGGUGGUAUAUUUGACUCGUUAUUCCUGGUAGUCGCUAUUAAAUCUAUCUGACCCACAAAUGACAAGUAACAGAAAGGAUCAAUCAUCACCAUCGGCGCAUACUCAGCAGUGAUUCGUUCACUG